UUCUGUUUCACGGAAACAUAACAAACAACACAAAAACAUGACGAAACCGUUCGAGUUCCAUGUCGUGGAAGCUGAGAAAGCUGAAGCGAUGAGAAGAUACAACAACCAAAAACACUUCCGUAACAUUAUACGAGCAUGCGCCGUAGCUUUAAUGUUUUACGUGUGGUUUCCGACAGUGACGGUUUCACUACUUGCUGUCGGAGACUGGUUUUACCGAACCGGAGUGGUUGUUGUAACAAAUCGUAUCGUUGUCUUUGUCUCCGCGAACUUACUCGUCGCUUUGGUUUUCCUUUUAUCUCGCGAUCGUGACGAAGAGAGUCGUUCCAAACAAGAUCUUUACGAUCAGUACACCUCCUCCUCCUCCUCCGUGAUCGUAGCUGCCUCCGGUGAAAAAGUGGUGGACGACGGUGAUGAUUCGGAAAAGCAAACCGUUGCGGCGGUUGUCGAGGAGGUAGUUGCGGAUAAGCAAAUCGUUCCGGCGUUUGCUCCGGAGGUUGAGGAGAAGGUGGUUGUGGAGGAGAUGGUGGUUACAACAGAGUUAAAGAGAACGUAUAGGAGGACGAAGUCGGAGAGGAAUAAGAAGGUUAAACGGCCGGUGACGGAUUUUAGGAGGACAGAGUCAGCGAACUCGGCGAUAGAGAGACUUAACAGCGAGGAGUUUCGUUUGAAGAUAGAGUCAUUUAUAAUGGAGAAGAAGAGAUGUCUUGUUCAGGAAGAGAACGAUGUCGUUUCAGCGUUGGAACAUAGUUCUUCUGGACUUGAGCUCGUUGGUGCAUGAUUUUUGCUAUGGCUCGUACUAAGCAAAAUGUGAUGAGAUUCUCAAUAUAAUAUUAUCUACUUAGGAUUAGUUUAGGAGCGAUCUUUAAAGCUGGACGCAAUAUCAUCGGCUAUAUUUUCAUUGCGGAUGAUGAUUAUGUUUUGUGACGUUGAAGCGAGAUUACAGAUUUUCGUUGUUACAAAAACGUAUUUGAAUAAAUAUCAAUCGGACGAUUUUG